AUAGUCAUACAGAGCACAUCGUGUCUUCCCAUACGGAUCUACCAGUGAGUGAAGGUUCGUAGCAGAGAUUCGAAUCGAAUCGUAGUGAGUAGUGCAGGGCGAGUGAAGAAUCAGAAGAAAACAACCUUUCAAAAUGUGCAACCGAUCGUUGGUUCUGGAGCUGCUGCUAGUGGUCACCCUCGCAUCAUCGGCACUCAGUGCUGCCUCGUGCUCGUGGCGGGCGGCCGGAAGCAACUGGUUCGGAGGUGAAAUCUGCAUCCUGCAAAAGGUGUACGAUGACUGUCAGGAGAAGAGCGACUUCACUGAGUGCCUGAAACAGAAAGCAUUGACCUCGAUUUCGAGAGCAAUUGACAUGGAUUCCAUUCAACUGGUCGAUGGAGUAACCCUGGUCAAGCAGAACUCAUCGGAUGAUGCCGAGAACGAAACCGUCCCUGAACUGUCGGAUGCCCGUGCCCUGGAAGGACUGAGCAGCACCGACAGUGCCCUGAUCCAGAAGUUGGACAAAUUCCUGAAGACACACACCGUCAAGAUGGAUCUGACAACCGAAGGCCGAGGCAGCGGAAGCAAGAACAAGGGAAGCCGGUACAUCAUCGCCGCCAUGUUGACCGCUGUGGGUAUUGCUGGCCCAAUCGGUUUGAAGACCCUCGGUGCCAUUGCCUUCAAGGCUCUGGUCAUCUCCAAGGUUGCCCUCACCAUUGCCAGUAUCCUGGCUCUGAAGAAGAUCUUCAAGAGCGACCACCACGAGGAAACCAGCUUCCAGGUGCACACUGGCGGCCAUGACAACCGUCGUAACACCUAUGUGGUCCGCCCAGCCCGAAUCCCCAAUGACCCCUACCGGUACUACUAUGAGCAGCCUGCAGCUUACUAA